AUGUUAGCAAUUUAUGUUAUUUUCUUGUUUACAAAUUGUUACCUGAUAUUUGGAAAAGAUGUAUACUCAUUCAACGUGACAGAUAUAGAAGGAAAUAAUGUGCCUUUAGAAAAAUAUAAAGGAAAAGUAUCACUGAUUGUUAAUGUUGCAAGUAAAUGUGGGUACACAGAUAAACAAUAUAAAGGAUUGGUAUGGCUACAAAAAGAAUUUGAAAUAUAUAAUCUCUUUAACGUUUUGGCUUUUCCCUGUAAUCAAUUUUGGGAACAGGAACCAGAAACCAAUGCUAAUAUAUUUAAAUAUGUAAAAGCUACAUAUAAAGUUAAUUUCCCGAUGUUUGCAAAAAUUGAUGUCAUUUCAAGAGGAUGGGAAAAGGUGGAUCCACUUUGGCUAUACAUAGGAGAAGUCACCAAUUCUCCUCCUACUUGGAAUUUUUGGAAAUACCUAGUGGAUAAAAAUGGCCAAAUAGUUUCUCAAUGGGGCCAAAACACGGACGUUAAAGAAAUUUAUCCCAUCAUAAAGUCAUUGAUAAACGAAAUGAAUUCUUCUGAUGACACCAAGAAACGAACGAAUUUGAAAACAGAUUUAUAAAUUUAGUUGACGUGUUAUUAAAAAUCAUAUAUGACGUUUUGUUUUUUAAAAAAAACAUAUGUUUUUCGAUCAUGAA